AUGAACAAGCAUUAUCACGCCUUGAAUGUGAAGGGAUACCCCAAUUACACUACUUUGACCAAAACAUCACCAUUAGACAAAGUACCUGCACAAAGACAUUCUAAUAUCUAUCACAAGGACUAUUCAGAUGCCAUGCUUAGACCAUUGAACCUUGUGAUACGGAGAUGUUAUUCUUCCAUAACACAAUUCUCGCCACCUCCACCUUCAAAGGGGUUUUUACAAAUACCCAAUAAAUCAAUAAUAUCAGUACAAGGACAAGAAUCUACAAAGUUCCUCAAUGGUCUUUUGACAGCUAAAUUGAUUCCCAACUCGGUUAAGAAAUUAACAAUGACCAUAUCAACUGAAGAAAAAGAUCAAUCAUUAUUUUUAGAUCAAUUCAAUAUUGGUGAUGUUAAUUGGGGGUUAUUAAAAGAAGGUAAAGAAGAUGGAAAUCAAACUAUAACUAGAAAUGGAGUCUAUUCAAUGUUUUUGAAUAGUAAAGGACGUAUAAUAACUGAUAAUUAUAUUUAUCCUGUUGAAUAUUCUCCUGAAACAAUUGAAGGUACUGAACCAAAAUAUUUUAUUGAAAUUGAUGAUUCAAUGACAAAACAAUUAAUGAUGACUUUAAAAUUACAUAAAUUAAAAGCUAAAAUUUCAUUAGGAUUAGAACCAAAAGAAAAUUAUAAAAUUUGGUAUUUUUAUAAUGAUUCAAAACAAGAUUUCAUUUAUGAAUUGAAAGAACAAUAUUUUAAUGAAGAUUCUCAAGAUUUGAAAAAUCCUCAAGCUACUUUAGAUAGAACUAAUGAUUUUUUACAAAAUGAUCAAUUUUGGAACCCUGAUUUGGAUAAAAAUUCAAUCUUGGGGUUUGCAUUUGAUGAUAGAUGUCCAGAAUUUGGUAUUAAAUUAAUUACAACUUCAAAUAUCAAUUCAAUUGAUGAAAUAUUAUCCCCGGAAUUAUUAGAAGAUUCACAAGAGAUCACUAAUGAACAAUUAAGUAUAAGAAGAUCAUUAUAUGGUAUACCUGAAGGUAAAACAGAUUUCCCACCAAAUCAAUUAUUACCAUUGGAAUGUAAUUUAGAACUUAUGGAUGGUGUUAAUUUUGAUAAAGGAUGUUAUGUUGGACAAGAAUUAACAGUUAGAACUUUCCAUACAGGUAUAAUAAGGAAAAGAGUUGUUCCAGUGAGAUUAUUCCUUUUGAAUGAUCAAAAAGAGUUAGAAGAUUAUCCUGUUUAUGAUCCACAAGAUCCAGUAUGUCAAGUUUUAAAAGAUAUUAAUAAUGUUGAUAUCAUAUCUGAUAAACAAGCUUCAUCACCAAAACCAACUGGUGCUUCACCUUUUGGUCCACCAUCUACUGCAAGCUCAUCACCUUUUGGCUCUAGUGGGAAGAAAAAAGCUACAAGAAAAUCUACUUCAGGUACAUUAUUAUCUGUUAAUGGUAAUGUUGGAUUAGCUUUAGUUAGAUUAGAAGAUUUUUCAAAUCCAAAUUUGAAUUUUAGUAUUGAAAUACCAGGUGCUGGUGAAGAUAAUAAUACUUUAAAAGUGGGAUUGAAAGGGUUUAUACCUUAUUGGUGGCCAGAAGAUCUAUAG